UAUGCUAAUAUCAAUAUGUACUUAAUUAAGUGACAGUCAUGGUUUCAAGUUCAAUAUUUUAAUAGUCAUACAUAAUUUACUCAAUAGCAAAUUACAAUGGAUACAACAAGUGAUUCUAAAGAAGCUAGCACAUGUAAUGGAAAUAGAAGUGAUAUUUAUAUGAAUUUAAGCAAGUUAUGUUUAGAUAAUGAAGAAUUCUUUGUCAAUGAUGAAAGUGAAUAUGGCCUGAGACUUCAUGAAGCUUUUCAUGGCCUAAGAUGCCACAUAGAAUCAAUAUUGCCACUAGUUUCAGAAAUUAGAGAAAUUGCACCUCUUUAUGAUUUUGAUGAACAUACGCCAGGUAAUGGAUACAGGAGCUUUGUUGGAGUUGUAGAUUGUUGCAUAGAAUAUAGCAGCAAACUAUCUUUGCAAGUAUGCCAUAAUCGAGACAAUUUACUUUUUCGAAAAGGACAUUAUAUGAAGUGA